AUGUCAAGUCUUGAUACUGAUACUCCUAAUGAGUUUCUCAUUUCCAAUGAAUCAUUUUUCGAAAAUUUCAAAAAUUAUAAAAAUAAUGAAGAAUUAUAUGACAAUUGGAUUAGUUCCAAUGUCACCCAGACACAAUUCACUAGUAAUUUGAAAUACCCCAUAGCAUGGAGUUUAUUAGAACCCUAUAAAUUAUCCAAUUUUGAAACAUUACCUGAUAUCAAUGAACCAUUACUUGAAAAUAAACAAUGUCUCGCAGUCAUUGGAGUUGGAUCUCCUGCAAUGAUUGGACACAAAUUGGAACACCCAAUUAAAAUGGACGCCAAUGAAGAUCUUAUCGUUCAAUAUGAACUUAAAUUACAAAAAGAGUUGAAUUGUGGUGGUGGAUUUAUUAAAUUAUAUGGCCAUUUAAAUAACAAAAACGAUCUUUUUCAAUAUAGAGGUCAACAUUCUAAACAAAUGCCUCUUCAAAUCUUAUUUGGGCCUGAUAAAUGUAUACCUGAUAUUAAUAAAGUUCGAUUUGAAAUGGGUAAAUUGAAUCCCAAGAGUGGAGAUAUGGAAAUUAAACAAUUGGUACAAUCCCCCAUUACUCAAUUUGGAGUAGAUUUUAAAACUCAUCUAUAUACAUUAAUUUUACACAAUCAAGGUGAAAAUCAAUUUUUCGAAAUACGAAUUGAUGGGAAAGUGGUUAAAUAUGGUAAUGUGUUUGAAAAGGGUAUGUUUGAACCAGGUUUUACAGGACCUCGAUAUAUUGAUGAUCCAAAUGAUUUUAAACCUGACAAUUGGGUAGAUGAAGAAUACAUUGAUGAUCCUAAUGAUUCCAAACCUGAUGAUUGGGAUGAAACUGAACCUUAUAAGAUUGUGGAUCCUGAUGAUUUUAAACCCGCUGAUUGGGAUGAAACAAUACCUGAAUAUAUUGUUGAUACCAAGAGACCUAAACCUGAAUGGUGGGAUGAUUCUAUUGAUGGGGAAUGGAAACCUUAUAUGAUUUUAAACCCUGAAUGUUUAAAGAAAAAGGGAUGUGGUAAAUGGAAACCCAAGAUGAAAUUGAAUCCUAAAUUUAAAGGUGUAUGGCAACCUCGAAAGAUCUUAAAUCCUGACUACAUUGGAGAAUGGAAACCACAAAGGAUACUUGAUCCAAAUUCAUAUGAAGAUAUUACUCCAUGUCAAGUGAAAGAUUCAAUUGAUGGCAUUGUGUUUGAUUUUGUCAGUGGGUCUAAUGAUAUGUUAAUAGAUAAUAUAUAUUUAGGUAAAUCUUUGGAAGAAGCAGAAAGAGUUGGUAAUUUGACAUUUGUACCUAAAAGAAUAAAAGAAGAUUUAUUGUAUGAAUAUGAAAUGAAUAUGAAGGGGAAUAUCAAGAAACCUAAACUUCCACCCACACAGGGGAUGAUAGAUGAUCAAGAUCGGAAUAUAUUUGAUGAUGUUGUUGAUUUUAUUAUUGAUCGUGUUAUGAAAGGUGGUGAAAUGAUUGAAGAAUAUGGACAUGGUGGGAAUGGUAGUAUAUUUUUGAUUAUCAUCAGUAGUAUAUUACUUGGAUUAGGUAUUCAUUAUCUUGCCAAUAAUAUGUCAAAGCCAACAGCAAGACAAGUAGAAAGAGAAGUGCCAAGGCAAAGAGAAAUGCAAAAGCCACAGCCAAAACCAAAGGAAGAGGAUGAGUAUGAAGAAGAAGUUGAGGUGAUAUACACUGAAGCUUUCGUUGAUGCUGACGGAAGAUUUUCUAUUAUAAGUAGUAACAGUAGUUGCAGUAGUAGUAAUAGUAGCAUAUAA